CCGUUGUCAUGGACGACGACGACGAUGACACCGACGCCGACACCGACGACCAGCUAUGUGGUUGAUUCGUCGGGCACGAGCUCGAUUUCGAUGUACACCAUCGGUGGCGUCAUCCUCAGUGUCAUUGUCAUUGCAUACGUGACCAUCCGCAGGUGUUGUUGCCAGCGCCCUGCGCCGGCGCAACAGUACUAUGCGUAUGAAGCACCGGCCGCCGACCAACCGCCGACCCCCGUGUAUACCUACCCCGCAGUGACGCAGGCGGCGACCCAGUCGUACAAGCCCACGACGGCGUCGACCUACGCCACAAGCUCAACGCGCACGACGACUGGGCACUCGACGCCAUCGACGACACCGGCGGUGGCCGCGACGGACGUCGGCGCCUUCAACAUGAGCGACUUGGAGAUGUUUCGCAUCUCGGUCGCCGACGUCACGGUUGUCAAGACGCUUGCGAGCGGCGGCUACGGCGUCGUGUCGCUGGCGACAUUGCAUGGCGCACGCGUCGCGCUCAAAAAGCUCACGGCCGAGAAGGAGUCGUCGUCCGAUGACGUCGCCAAGUUCAUCGCCGAGAUCCGGCUCAUGACAAAGAUGUCGUCGCCCUUUAUUGUCGGCUUUGUGGGCGUCGUGUGGACGCGACCGACCGACGUCAUGCUCGUGACCGAGUUUAUGGACGCCGGCGACCUCCGCGAUGUGCUCCAGAGCCAAGAGAGUUUGCUUUGGGCGACCAAGCUCUCGAUCGCUUUCGACAUCGUCCAAGGGCUUGUCUACCUCCACACGCUUGAGCCCAAGGUGCUGCACCGCGAUCUCAAGUCCCGCAACGUACUCCUCAACACCAACAUGACGGCCAAGCUCACGGACUUUGGCAUCUCGCGCGAGCUGGACGACGCGACCAUGACCGCCGGCAUUGGCACGUACCGCUGGAUGGCGCCCGAGGUGCUUCGAGAAGGCCACUACGACGAGUCGGCCGAUAUCUAUGCGCUCGGCGUGCUCCUCACCGAGCUCGACACGCACGAUCUGCCGUACGCAAACCUGCGCAACGCGAGCGGGCGGCCGUACACGGACACGGCGAUCAUGGCCAAGGUCAUGGCCGGCGAGUUCCGACCGAGCUUCUCGCAUGCAAGCCCGGCCUGGUACCAAGAGCUCGGCGUGGCGUGCAUGUCGCAAGACCCGACGCUUCGACCCACCGCGCUGCAAGCCGCCUCGACGUUGCACCGGGAAGUACGUCGCUUGGAGGGAUAAGAAUAUCGUUUUAAUUGGCAUAAUUGAUUUGUUUUUCAUAUGAAAUGCGUGGAAGAUCGAG